CGGGCAGGCUCUCGGACACCCUAAACCGGGGCCUCGGGCUGUGCUAGUGUAGUCGGUGCUGCCGGUGUGAGGAGUGAGCUGCAAAGUGGUUGCAGUGUGUACAAAGAUGAUGUCCCGGGCGUACAGCUGGCUGCUUCUUUCUUUUAUCUUUGUCCCUUUCAUCAGUUUUGUGUUUGCCAGAAGAGGGCAGGAUUUACAUUGUGGAGCUUGCCGUGCACUUGUUGAUGAGAUAGAGUGGGAAAUUUCACAAGUUGAUCCCAAGAAGACAAUUAAAAAAAAAUCUUUCCGCAUAAACCCAGAUGGCACCCAGUCCGCAACCGAGGUACCAUAUGCCCGCUCAGAAGUUCAUCUGAUGGAAUUACUUGAACGUGUGUGUGAGAAGAUGAGAGACUAUGGUGAGAAAACAGACUCAAACACUCAACGCAAAACGUAUGUGCGUGUUUUAUCCCGUGAUGGAAAAACAAUGGAUGCUUCCAACACCAACCUUGACAGUGAAAUGAUAUCCAACCUGAAAUUUACGUGUGAACGCAUUGUGGAAGAGUAUGAAGACGAGCUAUUUGAAUUCUUUUCACAUGAAGCUGAGAAUGUUAAGGACAAGCUCUGCAGUAAGCGUACAGAUCUGUGUGAUCAUGCUGUGCAUAUAGCUCACGAUGAACUUUGACCAACUGUGAUUCCAUUUAUUCACUUGGACCAGGAUGCUUCUCGUGUUUACAAAGGAGGAGAUAGUGGGAUAUAAAUAUAAACUAUGUAGCACAAUGUUCCCUCCUAUGUUUUUUACAUUAAAAAACAAAAAACUAUUUUGUA